AUGAGAUUCUUUUUUGAGGCGUUAGGGAUCAUUACGCUUUUCAUAUUCCCAACUACUCAUGGUCAGCCGUUUUCUUAUACGAAUCCAUGGAACAACAACAAUUUUCCUCGAGCCGAAGAAAACCUGAGCCAAAAUGAAUAUCGCCUGGAAAAGCGAAUGCCACUGAAUAUGGAGGACAUUUCUCACGGCUUCGAGGGCAAUCAGUUCUUCCACGGCCCCUUUUGA